AUGGGUACCUUUUUAUUGAGUGUCUACUAUGCGCCAGGGAGGGCUGGGGUUUUCCGGGCUAAGGAGCCAGAUUGGGCGAGUGGCCAGGGCAUCGAAGGGUUAAAUUCCGAGCGCACCACGGGGGUGGGGGUAGUGGAGUCUCCCCUAGGAAGAGCCUCCUCCCUCCGGAAACCCGGGCGGGCGCGGAGAGCUAGGGCAGGGCUGCCCCGCUGGCGCGCAGCCGCCCCCGCGCCGCGCAGCCCCCUCGCGCCCCGGGAGCAGCAGCUCUGGGGUUACAACAAAAGGGGGCUGGAGGCCGGGCCUGCGGCGGGGGCCGCCUGCGGGGAAGGGGGUGGGCCCGGGGAGGGGUUUGCCGCCCCGCUCCGGUUAAAAGUCCGCGGGCGACUGGAGCGCGCGGCUUCCUCCCCUCGGGGCUCGCCUUGGCCAGCUCGCGGAGAACUCUGCUUGGCGGCUGCUCUCCGACCCUGGGCUCAGCGGCGACCGGCGCAGAUAGAGGCCCCCGUGGAGAGCGCAACCCGGCCCAGCCACAGCCACCCCGGACCCCUGCUGCCAAGAAGCACCUGCCGCCUUUCGAGCCGGCCCACCCCUCCCAGGGCUCCUUCCGUGGGAUCCUCCAGCCACCGCACGGGGAUGGAGAGGCCACUGGGCUCCUGCCCGCGCUGCUGCCUGGCUGUGCUCGUCCUGCUGCCCGCCCUGAGCCUGGCCCAGUACGAGAGCUGGCCCUCCUCGCUCCAAUACCCCGAGUACUUCCAGCAGCCGGCCCCCGAGUACCAGCAGCCCCAGGUACCCUUGGACGUGGUCAAGAUCCAGCUGCGCCUGGCCGGCCAGAAGAGAAAGCACAGCGAAGGCCGGGUGGAGGUGUACUAUGACGGCCAGUGGGGCACCGUGUGCGACGACGACUUCUCCAUCCAUGCCGCCCACGUGGUCUGCCGGGAGCUGGGAUACGUGGAAGCCAAGUCCUGGACCGCCAGCUCCUCCUACGGCAGAGGCGAAGGGCCCAUCUGGCUGGACAAUGUCUACUGCACCGGGAAGGAGGCCACCCUCGCGGCCUGCACCUCCAACGGCUGGGGCGUCACCGACUGCAAGCACACGGAAGACGUCGGGGUGGUGUGCAGUGACAAGAGGAUUCCUGGGUUCAAAUUCGACAAUUCGGUGUUCAAUCAGAUAGAGGCAAGUCCUGUGCUCUUGGUCAUGACCCCUCCUGGGAGCGGUUUUCUUCUUCCAUGUGGAUUUCCACAAGUGUGUGUGUGUGUGUGUGUGUGUGUGUCCGUGUCCUGAGGAGGGGGACCCAACCCAAUUGGAUUAGGGAAAGAUUUCGGGACAAAAGGAGGUAGCGGUGGAGGAUGGAUUUCCCAGGCCUGGAGAGCAGCCUGAACAGAGACCCCAGGUUCAGGGGUGUGCAGGCUGGAGCUGAGUCAGGUGUGUGUCUGGGAGCAGCGUGGACGGACACCAGGAGGAUGGGCAGGAGACACCUGGCUGUGCUUGGGAGCUGGUCCUCCAGGUUGGAAACAUGUCUUGGCUGUUACUUGCUGCAUAGCUCCAAAUAACCAGCGUGUAUUAUCUCACUGCUCUGGCUUGAUAUGAUUUGGGUCCCAAUCUCAUGGUGAACAAAAAGCCCCAAAGUCAUAAAUGAAUGGUACUAAGGUGGGUGCAGACUUGACCCAAUUAUGGUGUUUUGGUGGUGAGCCCAGUGACGGGUCCUUGGGUCACUGGGGGCUCACCCUCAGCAGGUGGUUCUCGGCAGAGGGGUGCUAUAAAAUCCAGAGAUGAGCCCGGCCACUCUCUCUGCUUCCUGGCUCACCACAUUCCUUCCCUCACGCACCACUUUCCACCACUGCCACCAUGCUCAGAGGCCAAACCAGCGGGGCCACCUGAUCUUGAAACUUGAGCCUCAAGAUUUAUGAGUGAACUAACAUAUAAAGUCAGUUUUCUCAGGUAUUCCAUUGUAGUACCAGAAAGCUAACACACUGCACGCAGUUCUGAGCCCCAGGGCCAGGUGUGACCUAGCUCGUCCAUUCUGCUUCGAGUCUCUCCCAAAGCUGCAGCCAAGCUGUGGACGAGGACCAGGGGAUUCCUUCCUUGGCUCGAGUGGCAGUCCGCUCGCUGGAGACUCCUGCUGGCUGUUGCCUGGGGCCCGCCACUCUUCUCUAUGUGGCCUCUCCGUAGGCUGCCUGGGGGUUUACAGGACAUGGUACUUGUGUGUCCCCGAGCAAGUGACCCAAAGGCCAGAGGGAAGGAGCACCAGCCGGAAGGCACAGUCCUCCAUAACCUAACCCCAGGCUGAUAGAGCAUCCCUUCUGCUAUGUUCCUUUGGCCACAUGGAGACCAACCCCAGCGCCAUGUGGGCGGGGGCAUGUAGCACCAGGGUCUGAACACAGAUGGUGGAGGUCCUUGGGAGCCAUCCCGGAGGCUGGUGACCACGGGGCAGCUGUCCCCAAAUCUAGCCCUGACCCACUGGAUCCCAGUUGCCCGCUCAGGGGGUUGGAUCAUUUCCUUCCAGAUCCCCCUUAAGGCUGAGACAUUGCCAGCCUGACUGAAUCAGGAUUCAGAAGUGGCCCCAAGGCCGGUGACCGUCCCUGGGCAUAUGUGGUUCUGAUUCGGGCUGAGCUUUCCGACAACCCAGUUAAUGAACACGUGUUGCGCUACUCUUGCGUGUAGUUAGGUGGGGCUUAGGGCGGGAGGAGCCGGCAGCUAAGAGCCCCGCCCUCCAGGGCUGUGGGAUCUGUAGCAAACCCAGGCUUCGCCGUGUUUUGGCCUCCAGCUCACCCCAGCACUCAGGGCUGAGAAAGGUGACUUGAAGUGGCCGUGUCUGGGCCCCACAGAGUCGUCUGUCCGUCCUCCUGUCAUGACUCACCCGCCCUGCUCUUUCCACACACGUUCCUAGAGCGCACGGAAUACAUUGGGAACUUGUCCAAGCCUGCGCCAUUGCGCGGGGUGGGAUUUCCAGCCUUCUCCCGGCUGGCAGGAUGAGACCCCUGGUGGUCGACAGUCUCCAGGGACUGCUGUUUUAUUCAUGGUCGCAAGAGAGUGUCGGAGAGCCUUGUACUUUAUUUAGUGUUUCCGCACCGAUGACAGCUUUGCUUCAUCAUGAAGUUGGUUAUUGGUGGGAGGAGUUGUCCAAACCAAUUCCGCAGAAUGCCCACUGUUGGUCACUCAUCUGCAAUGGUUAGCACCCCCUUCUAAUCGGUGUCUCUCGCCUCCUGUGAGAUUCGGGUGGUCCCUAGAGAGCAGGGCUGUGCUUUUUCCAUCACUGUUUCCAGUGGGUACAGUGUGCCUGUGGGUUAGGGCUGAGAAAAUGAGGCGAUUCACUGCCACCAGAAAACAAAUAUAAUCUUGGAAAAAGGAUUCGAGGGGCCUUUCACUGGCUAAUGUUUAUUAGAGACCUACUGUGUGCUAGUUCCAUGGCAAUAAGAUGGGCAUCUAAGUGGAAUAUACACAGGAAUUUGGGAGACAAAUAUGUUGGCAAGGACUUCCUUAUUCCCAAAGGGCUGAGAUAACUUGAUAAGAAAGCUUUGUGCCCACCUUUAUUCUGCAUGCUUGUUGGGUGCCUGCUGCACCUACACACACCGUGGUCUGGGCCCAUGGCCCUCUGACCUGUGAGGACCUGCAGUGAGCCUUGCGGGGAGCCAAGGGCAUGGGCCUUGAUGAUCGUGCAAUAACCAGACAGGGGAGACACUGGGGUUAAAGGGCCAGAGGACAGUCCCAGCCUCCCACAUGCUGCAUGUCCCUCGCAGGCCACAUUCUGGCCGUCACUCAGCGCUGAGGUCACCACAAGCCAGGGUGGAGCUUGCUCAUCCAGCCACGCCUUCUUCCCUUUGGUGUUUGCCGGUGCCAAGGGCAUGGGAGGGCCCGACCUCAGAACGUCUGGGGAGCUUUGUGAGUUUCCAGAGAUUCUGGCACCCAGGGCUCCAUGGCUAAAACUCCUGCUUACUGUCAGUGCUGGCCUGAUUGGGGGGGGGAGGGCAUUAUGGCAUCCACAAGGGAUAGUUGUGGGAUGCUGAGCGUGAUCGUGUACUCGCCUGUGUCCCUGCUUGGAGUUGCAGAGCCAAUCCUCUGGGCUAGGGAAAUGCUCCCUGUUAGGUUUUCGUGGACAGGAGAAAGAGCUGUAGCUUCGGUGGACCUGCAGUCAGCUCUCGAUACGCAGUGGGAACUAAUUUAUGUGAACCCAGCGGGGGAUCCCUAGGGACGUACCUAGAGCUCUCUGCUCCUGCCUCAUCAGGCAGGAAUUGGCGUGGAGAUUGAAAUGUGCACCUGAUAAAAUGCACAGGGCAUAGAAACUCGGAGAGAUUGCUGGGGCAGAGAUGUACGGCAUGAAGAUGAGAAAAACCCCGGGAGGUUGAAUUAAUAGGCUCAAACCAUAGCUUGUUAGGAGCGAAUAUAAGAUCCUCUAUCAUGGGGUGGGGUAGGGGGCGGGGAGGGAACAGCCACAAGGGUAUAGGCUACAGGGAGAGAGACGGAAGAGCCUUGGUUAUCUUUUGAAAGUGGUGGUGCCGGCGCCGCGGCUCACUAUGCUAAUCCUCCGCUUGCGGCGCUGGCACACCGGGUUCUCGUCCCAGUCGGGGCGCCGGAUUCUGUCCCGGUUGCCCCUCUUCCAGGCCAGCUCUCUGCUGUGGCCAGGGAGUGCAGUGGAGGAUGGCCCACGUACUUGGGCCCUGCACCUCAUGGGAGACCAGGAGAAGUACCUGGCUCCUGCCUUCGGAUCAGCGCGGUGCGCCGGCAGCAGCGCACCGGCCGCAGCGGCCAUUGGAGGGUGAACCAACGGCAAAAAAGGAAGACCUUUCUCUGUCUCUCUCACUGUCCACUCUGCCUGUCAAAAAAAAAAAAAAAAAAAAAAGAAAGAAAGAAAGAAAAAAGAAAAUGGUGGUGGUGGGGGUCUCUGAGAGGGCACUGAUAGAUUUAUGCUAAAGACCCAGCAUAGGCAUGAGUAUGGGAUGGCUGUUACAGAAGUGAACGAAGCAGUUAGACUGAGAGGAGAAUGCUUUCCCUGAACUUGCUGGGGUUUGGACCAGUAGCCGAGGGCAGGGUUCAGUCCUGGAUUCAGCUCACAAGUAGGUCCUCCAGAGGAGGGGCCGGCAGGUUGGACACACGUCCAGAAACCAUGUCAUCAGAGGAGCUAAAGGGAUGUUGUCAAGAAAAGAGCUGUGAGAGACAAGACGAGCUUCUUCGAAUAUUUGAAAUACAGUCCUUCCUUCCUACAGGAGGGAGAAGGUCAAGAUCUGUGUCUGUCCCUUAGAAAACAUGGCCCAGAAUUUGCAUGCCACCUGUACCCUUCUCCCAUACAUGCCAAGACGUCUCUGGAUGACUUAGCUUACCUAAUGCAAUAGAAAUGUGGGGCAUAUGGUUCCUACACUGCAUUGUUCAGGGACUAAUGACAGGAAAAGGCUCUGUGCUUGCUCCACAUGGACCAUUCUUCCCCCUCCUCUUUGAUCUGCGGUCGGCGGAACCUGCAGGUGCAGAACUUGUGGCUAUGGAGGGCCGGCUGCACCACCGUGGAGAAGAAUGUCAGUAAUUCAUUCCAGCUCCCAGAGCUGGGCCACGGGGGAGGGAGGUAGACUUCAGCUCACAGAGCGCUGGUCUCCCCUUGCAGGAGGGGUGCUCUCCUUGCCACUGGAGGAGUGCAGGCAGGAACUGGGGGGACCUCUUGCCUGGAAUAUUGUGCUGAGAUCCCCACGUGGAGGAGGAAGUGGGAUUAUGUGAUUGCCAAGUUCUCAGAUCCCUCGUUCCUCAGCACCUGUGAAAACACACCCAUCGCAUGUUGGGAUGGCUUUUGGCAGUGUGCACCUUGUGUCAUACAUGCUUGUGCACACACACAUGCACACACGCACACGGAGAAAGCAUGCUAACUAGUAUGCACAUCGUGUGCUUCUGCUCUCUCCCUGCUUAUUCCCUGGCCCCUUGCAAUCUUGGCCUUGACACCAGCUGCAAACCUUGCACCCUCACUCUUCCACAUCAGAGAGGCAGAGCGAAAGCCCUCCUUCCACCUCCACUGGUGGGGCCUGUACAUUUUAACGUGGCCAAGAGUGAAAUGCAGUGAAAAUUGUGACCCCAGCCAUAAACCACGGGGCCGUGGGAUGUGGGCAGGUCUCUGCUCACUCCUGGAGAUCAGGGACAGGAUACAGAGCUGUGCCUCCUCCGGCACCCACUGGAACUCCCCUAGCAGAGACUGGAAGAAAACAGAGUCCUUCUAGCCCAAGUUCAUUCAUACCAGAGACGUGAGUCACUGUGCCGGAACCUGGCUGAUGGAAUUUCACUUGAUGAACUUGACUGCUGCCCUUGACUCCUGCCUUUGUCUGGGGCAUCCUUGGGGGCUCCCCCGGCCCCCUUUGUAAGUUCCCUUCUUCUAACGAAUGACCCCACCUGGGCAGAGUUCACAAGUCGACCCCUAUGCUUCCUGCUGACCCGCAGCCAGAACACUGGACGCGUGCUGAUGUCAGCUGAAGUGGGAGAAAUUUUAUCCCUUGAGCUGGGGCGGCCUGUAGUCUACAGUGGCAAUGGUUUUCCCAUCAAAAUGAUACAGCGUGUACUCAUCAUUUAGAAAGCAGUUUGGAAUAUUCUGCAGGGGAAAAAACAAUCAGAUGGUUUCUAUAAAAGUGCUUUGCAGACUGCAGAAGGCUGCAGUAGGUUCACCCUGCACCCCCCUGGGGGUCGCCAGAGGCGUGAGUCACUCAGCGCCGGGGCCUGGCGGGUGGAGUUUCACUUGGUGAGCUACUGUGCUUUCAUGACUCCUAGGGACGCCCUUGGGUGCUUCUUGGCUCCCUCCAAGGCAAGUUCAGUGAAUGGCUGUGUGGUCUCCUGUAGGCAGUGAGCCGGGCGGAGCCUCGGUUCUCUUUCCCAAGGCAGGCUGUGCCUCUCCAUCUUGCAACCUCAGUCUCAGUUUUAGACCCACGAGCCGAAAGCCUGGGCUGCGGUUCCACAGAGACUGGGGCUUGCCAUAACCGACCGUUCUCGGGGCCCUGGGCACCGCGCUAUAAAGCGGCUGUUUGGCUGGAUGCGAGGGAAAUGAACCUUAGGUCCUGGGGCUUCCUGCGAGGCGGGCAAGCAGGCGCAAAUGAUGAAAUGGGAAAUGCUGCUGGUGCCAAGUGAACGGGUCUCUUUGAAACCCCGAGAACAGAGCCGCAGCCAAGCCCCCUGGGACCCCAGGGGCUCUUAAACCCGAGAGGCUUUCUUUCCUGCCUGUGGCCGGCGGCUGAGUUGGAAAAAACAUUAGAUAAGGUGAGACGACAAAUCCAGAUGCCCUUCUGAGAAAACCUAUUUUCUUUGGCCGCUUUGCGCAUGGCUGGGACCAGGUGGUGUUGGAUCAGAGAACAUUCGACUCUUUUCUCCUGCCUUCACCUCCUGCCUCACCUUCCUCCCUACCUAAUUUUUUUUUAAUGCCUCUCUUGGAAAAAGCAGUUACAUUAGCAGAACGGGUUAGAAAUCCCCAGGCUGUAGAAUUUGGGUGCCGUCUAACCCCUGAGGGUUCUCCUUGGUGUCCGUGGACAGCCUAGGAGGUCUGGAGGGACAGAGACAAGAGAAAGCAGCUCACUGCCACCCGAGGGGAGAAUCCGGUACCCAGCCGUGCGCUUGCUCACGUUCCCUGUUCCCUGGCCGGAUGCUGAGACCUGAACAAGCCCUUUCUUCUCCCCUUAACCACAGGCACUGAGUCUGUUGCAAAUGUUUAAAAUUCCACGACGCCAGACUUUUAUUGGUCGCAGUCACUGCCAAGUGUUUUUCAACAUUGCCCUGCCAGCGGCAGCCCUAUCUGUCCACCUCUCUGGGGGCUCCAGGAGGUGGAGCUGGAAAGGGAAGGGUCUCGAGAGAGACUUCCAGGAACUCUGAGCACUUCUCAGCGCGGGAGCUGGAUCCCUCAUCCCCACCUGCUGCCCCACCGGAGGGUAGAUGCGCAGGUUGCCCUCAGCGGUGGCUUGGCAGAGAAAAGAGCUCCGUGUUCCUCUCUGUAUACUAAGGAGGUGGUGGUUGCUCCGUGCCCAAAUAUGGACCCCUUUCCCCAGGUGAUUGCGGGAGAGCUGGACAGCAGUGGGCAGUUCGGGCCAUGCCCUGCAUGCUUCCAUUCCCCGGGAGCCCUCUACCUGUGGCCAGGGCUCACCGGCCGGCCAGCCCACCAGAGAAGAGGCACUGAGGUGACCUAUUUUCCCAAAUGAAAGUAGGUCGCAGCGUCUGGAGAGCAAAGGGGUGUCUGUGCAGAGGACAGAACAAGAUUAUUUGAAGUUAUGCUCCUCCGGGCCAGCCUGGGAGCCUGGUUCCUGGCCUGGGUGCUGCACACGCAGCCGUCUGAGCAGAGCUCGCUGGUUGCUUUUGAGAUGAGAUGAGAUGAUCACAUGGAGGAGUCAGCAGCAUUCUGAUUGGCUUUGGAGGAAAUCGAUCAAUGAAUGGUGUGUACUUAGCUCGGAAGAGUGUGCAUCGGUCGGUCCAUUGGGUGGCAGUUUGGAGAAGAGAAGGGACAGUUCAGGAGAGGCCAGGGAGAAACCGCCAUGCAGAGGAAGUAGGGGCUGGAGUUGGGCCAGCAAAAGCCCUACCCUGAUUGGGCGGGUCCGAUCUGUAGGGCAGCCUGGUGACACCAUGGGGCGGGGCUGGCAGUGUCCAGCCUGACUCUGCCAUGGCCCCGAGUGGUUCCUUUGCGUCCUCUGCCAUGCUGGGUGGUCAGUGCCAGGAAUCUCCCUGCUUCAUCCCCCUGAGGCCACUGCUCAGGCCCUGGUCAUUCAUUCAUUCCCUGGAUACAUUUCAGGCCCUGGUCAUUCAUUCAUUCAUUGGAUGCAUUUAAUUGCACUGAGCCCUCCCCCAGGCCAGCAGAGGAAGGAGGUGAUGCAAUGGUCAGCCUUGGCCAGCUGGAGCUUGCCACCCUGCAGUAGAGAAAUGUCAUGAGUCAUCAUCCCGUUACCAUGGUGAUGUUGCUAUGAAGAGAACCACCAGAUCCACCAGCAGGCUGUCUGGCGGUUGGUCUGGUCGGGCCCAGGGUUUGCCUGGCGUGUGGUCUCCACGUCCCCGCCAGGACUGGGGGAGCUUCGGGGUCAGAGGGACCGGCUGCAGGAGCCAGUGUCCCCCCAUCCCCCAGGCCUCCAGCCAGGGGCAGGGCUCACCCCUGCUCCAUAGAAGCAGCCUCUGUCGCCUCCCCCGGGGCUUCUAGGUCGGAAAAUGAAGCAGAGAGCGUGCAGUUUUCCAGCCGCGCUGCGGAGCUCUUGAUUUAAACAGGAGGGCGCAGACAGGCUGCCGGUUUUUUCCCCGGGUGGUGUCUGUGUGACCUCAGCUCUCCACGCACCUCCCCUCCACGCCAUCCUCAGUCUCAGCCCCUCCGCCCCUGCCAGUUCCCAGCACGGAUGGUGGGGGAACAGAAACCGUCUAAAUGCCGUCUGGUCCAGCUGCAUGCCUAGACCAUGUUAAACUCUGAAUUCCUGAUUUGAUCAUCAAAAGGGGGUAAUUGCAGUGUAAUCGCUUCUUCUGCAUCAUGCCUCAUGCUGUCCAGACAGUAGCCAGCUCACUAAGCCUUCUGAACAAAUGCGGCUCAGGAACUAUUGGUAUCAGAUCUCAAGGGACCGAGAGGGGGGUGUUAAAUAGCUCAGAGGACAAGAGAACGCCUGGACACAGUUGCCCAAGUAGUGCCUUUGUGCAAAAUCUGGGGCCAGAGAGCCCAGCAUCUCUAACUAAGCCAGCCUAUCACUGGGUGGAAGAAAGCUCGUCCCAGGAGUGUUUGAGGACCUACUGUGUGUCUGGCACGAGAAGCUGUGGGCAAUGCACUGAUGCAGGAGGCACAGUUCUUCCCUCGAAGGGGAGCUCACAGACCAUACUGGGAAGAGAAAUAUUAGACAAAAUAGUCAGCGUCAGCCAAGGACUAACUGAGAAACUCGGGCAGCAGAUGCUGGAGGGAAACAAUGAAAAAAAAAUAGGAAAUCAGAUCUAAGUGGGUGGGGAAUGUGGGGGCCGGGAGAGGGCUUUGGGGAGAAGGUAGUGCUGUCUCUUCCUCUCUGAGCCAGGAGGCUGUGGCGACAAGGGACCUGUCCAUCUGCUUGCCCUGUCCGUCUCAGGUCCCACACAAUGCCUGGGACGGAUGACACUCAACAGUAUUUGUGAAUGAACGGAUGAGAUCAUCCCCGAGGGUCAGCAGGAUGCUGAUAGGUAAAGAGAAGGGAAGAGAGAAUUGCAGAGGGUGGCUGGAGCCGUAGCCUCCAGGGGGCGCUACAGUCUGAGCAGGGCGUGUCAGUGCGCCGUGGUUAAAGUGGAUGAGCGUGUCGGUGGACUGGAUCUGAGAUGGCAGCCCGGGGCUCCGUGCGGCCAGGAGAUUGCCAUGCCCGUUUUCUACUCCCCCGGUGCUUGUCCAUCAUCCCAGCCAGGCCACUGCAGCAGGGACGGAGAACUGAUGGGAGGGCGGAGAGGCACUGCUGGGUCCCGGUGGGCUCCAGAAGUGAGGAUGAGAGAGGGGAGUCAGAACUGCAUGGCGGACCCGCGCUCGGCAAAAGGACGGGAGCCCCCCGGGACCCCAGGAGAGGAGGAAAGUCUGAGGGCGCAUUUUGAGUGAUCAGCUUGUCGAGCUCUGGAAGGUGCCACGGUGGCUGAAGGUCCCUAUCUGGAAGGCCGUUCCUUUCCUGUUUAUAAAUAACUGCAGACGGAAGGCUGAGGCCGGCGGAGCCAGAUGCUGGGAUCAGCCAGCAGUGGAGGCAGGUGGCCUGCUUCCCGAGCCGAGGGUGUGUAGAACUAACCCGCAGUGCGUUGCACUUGGCCUGCCUCUGGAGAGGCUGCAUCUCCCCCACGUGGUCUCCCCUACAUGGCCGUGUCUCCCCCACGUGGCCUCCCCUACAUGGCCGUGUCUCCCCCACGUGGCCUCCCCUACAUGGCUGCGUCUUCCUGACAUGGUCUCCCCUACGUGGCUGCAUCUCCCCCAUGUGGUCUCCCCUUUGUGGCUGCAUCUCCCCCAUGUGGCCUCCCCUAAGUGGCCGUGUCUCCCCCACGUGGUCCCCCCUACCUGGCUGCGUCUUCCUGACAUGGUCUCCCCUAGGUGGCUGCAUCUCCCUCACGUGGCCUCCCCUAAGUGGCCAUGUCUCCUCCAUGUGGCCUCCCCUACGUGGCCUCCCCACACCAGCACCACUCCUAGGAUGACUUCUCCAGCGAAAAACCUGGGCUGGUCACAGUUCUGACUGCUAGAAUGGAAGGAGGGAGAAAGCUAAGUAGUAUCAAUAUUGAAAUAGAAUCCAAGCUGAAAAUACUUAUUGUUGAUUAAAUGGCUUUUUUCUAUUUAGAAUUAAAAUAAAAGGCAGUCCUGGAACAAUCAGAUUUAAGUUUAUCUUUUAGCUUUAUUUUGUUUACACUCCACAAGCAAAGAGGAAUCUCAAACAAUCCUGAAAGAGCCCAUUAGCUCAUUCAUGUAGAUGCCAAAGGCUUUAUGUAGGCUCUAGUACUCUCCAUUGUCUCUCUUUUAUUCAAACAUGUAAAAAGCAGGUCUUAUAAUCAGGCCAUAAAUUUUUAAUAAGUGAGUACCUCUGGUCUUUUUAUUUAUUUAUUUAAGCCUCAAUGCCAAAUACUGCAAUAUUAUAUUUGGGAUAUAAUGGGAACUGAGCAAAUUAUAGACUUAUUUCUAGAUGAAUUCCCUCCUCUCAUAUUCAUAGAAAAUGUAGAGUUAAUUAAAUGCUUUAGCAAUUAGAACAGUGCCAGACAGUGUCAGCAAUGCUUGCUGGUGGGCCACUGUUGUUCUUUUCAUCAGUGUCAUGAUCCUUUCAUGAUCUUAAACAAAAGUAACUCUGUAGGCAAGUUUUAGUUUUCCUUUAGGCCAUUGAACUACUUAAAUUUCAGGCACUAAGUGAUUUAAUACAAGAAGUAGGAAAGUACCACUGAAUUAUUCAAAAAUUAAAUUCCAGAGCACUGAAGCAUCAAAGUGGGCCUGCUGAAAAUGGCGGCUCUCAGUCCUUCCAGCUCCCCCGUGCCUGAUGGCCUUUCCAAGGCGAUGGUCCUAGGUGACCUUGUUCUGCUUUAUGUUCUGCCUGGUGUUUGGCACAUAAAAAUCACUCAAAGUAAUCACCACCCACGAAUGCCAGUGGAACUAAGCUAUUCUUUUUCAGGUGCUUGAUUUGUGUCAUUUAAGCCCAAAAAAUAUACUGAGAGAGAAUUUGAAUAUUUCAUUAAAACAUGAGAGAAGUUCAUAUUAAGAGCAGAUUAAGCAAUCUCUCCAAAUUGGCUUCAAGAGUACUUCAAAAAUUUUGUGGAAAACAGAGGAAAAUAUAAUUUAUUUUGGUGCAAACAUUUUUGAAGUCCAUGUAUUGUCCAUAUUCUCCAAGAACUUUAUGAAAACACCUUGAAUCUGGAUAGACUCUGAAGCAGGCUUUGUGAAGUACUUUGGAGACAUUGUUGAAAAAUUUGCAUUGGCAUGUUUAUAAGGACAUUUUUCUAGGCAUAUGAAUAUUUGUAUUUCCCAACCCUGGAAAUGAGUUAGUCUGAAAUUAUUCCAGUAUAGAAAUAUUACAUAAGUGGGAAUUUGUGGGAAAUUAAGAUGGUAUGUGAGAUUCUCAUGUCUUAGAUCAGAGCAUGGAUUUGAGUUGUGGCAUUAGCUCCUAGCUCUGCCUUCCUGCUAAUGCAGACCCUGGGAAGAAGCGGGCUAUGAUGUAAGCAGUUGCGUUCCUACCACCUGCAUGGGAGAUCUGUAUUGAGUUCCAGGAUCCCAGCUUGUAUCCUGGGUAGGAGACUGUUGUGGGCAUUUGGGAAGUGAACCUGCUGAUGGGAGUGUUCAUGUUCUCGCUCUCUCACUCUCUCACUCUCUAUCUCUCCCUCCCUCCAUCCACUUAUCUCAAAUAAAUAAUUUUUUGAAAACUCUAUGAAUAAAGGAACGUUGCACAGGUUGGAGGGAGGGAAGACAGCCAAUUAUUAAGGUCUUUUGAAAGAUUCCUUCAGAUACCAAUCUCAAGACUGUAAUUCCCUAACUGAAGGUGCAAUAACAACCAGAUCAAAAUGCAAACUGUGCAGUUCUGUUCAUGGAAUAAGUGCCAAGUCCAAGCUCCAUGUUUUAAGGACAUUUCAAAUACACAUAAUCAAUAAGCUUCUGAGUCUGGCAUGUGUUUUCUCUCAGCUUAUUCUUUCAAAUUAUAAAAAACAGAAAGGAGAGACUAAUUCAUGACAGUAAAGUUCUAAAGAGGAGCUGUGAGAACAAUGGAGUAAGUAUAAAAACAACAUUAAUAUUCUGAUCUGUUUCACCCCACUCCGAAUCAUAAAAGAAAGUAGUGGUCUCAGUUUAAAUUGAAUAGUGUCUCCAGGGGUGUCUGAUCACAUAUCUUUGUUCUGGUGAACAGAAAGACCAGAAACAGAAUUGUGUAUUUACUCCACUACUAAAGACAGGGAUGUGAUGGUUUGUACUCAGCCAUUAAUUAGCAAGCAUUUAUGACUAUUCGGCUCUAAAAAAGUGCUGGGGAAAAUAGGAAAUGACAAGGGAAUGCAAUCCACCUUCACAAAGUUUACGACAUGAUUAUUUAAUUGAUUAAAUCCAUUUCAUACAUAUGAGUAAAACUGCAGAGUGGUAUAAAAGUACAAAAAAAGGAUGUGGAAACAAAGUUCAUACAUGCAGAAGAGGGGGUUACUUCCUGAUUUCAGUGGCUGUGAGUCUGGGGGUUUUGUAGUUGUUGUUUUAAAGCUUAUCUUUCUUGCAUGCUGGGACCAUUUCCCUUGCAACAAGAACACCACGUGCUUCAGGUUUUGGAAACAGAUACACCCAGAAAAGAUGCUCUGAAAGCUCACUAGGGGUUCCUAAUCCAGUCAAGUUGACAGCUAAAACCAACCAUCACACUGCCCAGGAAGAUAAGAAGAGUGACAAAAAGAGAGAACAGCUUUAAUCAGUGCUAUUAAUUUUAUCUACACAUACAUACACACGGGCCUUGAUCUUAAAACAGGCCAUGAGAGUUAGCUAGAUGAAAAAUUCUCCUAUUUCAUGUCUGGAUAAUCAUUUCUCAAUAAAAACUCCAUCCUAGGGUUGGCCAGCUACUGGCAGAGGGACGAGUCUUAUAUGUCAUGUGCUCUUGUAAAUAAAGCUUUUUUUUUUUUUUUUUUUGACAGGCAGA